GUCCAACAUGGCGGCCACCUUAACAAAGCAACGUGCAGAAGUUGAAGGCUCGUUGUACGAACUUCAAAGGCUCCAAGAGAAAGCUGAAAGGUACGAAAUGUAAAGGAAAAUGACAAAGGAGCUCAAACACGUUCUGAAUAGUGAAUAUUUUUCAUAACUAAGAUAUAUUUUGAACUUGAGCUGCCCACAAAUAUCGCUUUUUCUUAUGUUUGCAUGAUUAAUAAGCUUUACUGCUGUAAUUGAUUACUUGUUCCAGACGAAAUGCUGUAAUUGAAGUUGCUAAACAGGAAAAAGCUGAGGUUGAUGAUUUGCAAGCUAAAGGUCAGUUAUCAUCAACGGUCAAAGCCGAAGAUUAACACGCAAAAACACAAUUUUAAAAUAAGCUCAAGCUUACAGUCUCUGGCAUGCGAUGAUUUUAACAGUGAAUUGUUAUUAAUAUUAGCAUUGGUUAUUUUCAGUUGAAUGGUCAAUUAAGGCUAGCUACACGUUAAAUACAUAGUCAAUGGAACAUUUGGUAAUCGAACUCCAAUCGUUUGAUUGACUUCAAUUAUUGGAUGGGUUCGCUAAUCGAACAUAAUCAAACUCACCCCAAAAUUUUGCCAAUCAAACACAAUGAAACAUAAGCGAAUGUUCGAAAAUCAAUCAUACUUCCAGCCCGCAAGCAAGCUCUCCGGGGUGCUUCGGUGGCGGGACAGGAAGAGGAAGGAGAGCUUGCAGCUAUGUCUCUGGAAUUUGAAUAUCUGCAUCAAAAAAGUUGAUGCGAAAUGCUUAUUGGCAGAGAUGACAUUAGUAAUGAUGUCAUUACCCUUGGCACGUUUUUUGCAAUGUUUGUUUACGUGCGUGCUCUUUACUGCUUCGUGCUCAUUGGCGGAAAUCUGACAGCUCAGUUGAUGGGGAGCGACUGGGAAGCUGGAGGUGGAAUUCAAAUUCCAGAGAUGUAGUUGCAAGCUCUCCUUGCUUUUCCUUCCUGCUGCCAGAGCGCCCCAAGAGCUUGCUCGCAGGCUAUUGUACUUAAUAAAACUAGCCUGCAUCGCAGACACUCUAAACCUCCUGUAAAGAAUGUCAGAUGGACUAUACCAUUAAAUGGUAUAGAUGAUAUGUGGGCAGGCUGCAACACAGGCCAACACAUUAACAAGUUUCAUCUCAUUUCAAACAAGACGCUGUGGUUAACAAAACAAUUAAGUUACGUGUCCAAUUUCAAACACCAGUACAGACUAGGCAAGAUGUCAGAGGGGGCAGAAUACAUGAAAGCCUGCAUGAAACUAACAAUUCUGGAAUCGAACAGAUGGAAUUUACUGAAUAAGAGGGGAUUCUUUCCAAUUCAAUAAUUUUUUAAAACUAAAUACUCACUGAUUUUUAUACCAUUUGUGUCUUUCUACCGAGCAAAAUCGAACAAAUCACUUUAGUUUGUUUGGUUCGAGUUUGGUAAAUGAACUAACAAUUUCUUUUAAUAGAACUCGCUGAAAAGUUCCAGUUCGAUUAUGUUCGAUUACCAAAACAAUCGAACAACAAUCAGACUGACUGGGUUCACUUGAGUGCGACUGAUUUUUGGUUCAGCUUUGUUCCAUUAGCCACGCUGGGAAAAGGUCAUUCAACUUGUUGAUUGUUGUAAAGAGAAAAGUGGUGGACUCCAUUCCAUUCAGCAAGUUGUAACUUGUGCAUCAAUCAAUUCCCCAGUCUUUUAAAUAACUAGAAACAAAACGUUCAGUAAGACUGACAGACUGUUGUUGCUUCAAAGUAUCAGUCAUUUCCUUCCAUACCCCACCCCCAGUGAACUGCCCGCAGUUUUUCUUCUCAGAUGACAAAUAGUUUUUCUUCUCAGAUGACAAAUUCUUGGGGACAAGGAUGCUUAAACAGCCAAGCACCUGCAAAGGAGAUAAGAAUAGGAGGGCAAAUGGAUGGUGCAGUUGAAAUUGAUUGAUGCAUUAGGAAAUCAUCAUCAUUAUCAAUCUGCCCUUUUGGUUGGGAUGCUCUGAACAAUCUUAUAACACACAUUCGAGUCCAUCAUAGCAUUUACACUCAAUUCUAGAAUCCCUUGAGAUGGUAUUACGAAAUAACGAUAGUCAAACUAACUGAACUUUUUGUUUCUACUCAUUCCACAAUUUGCAUCACCCACAGUUUGUUGAGUAAUAACUUUUGAUUGAUGUCAAAUCAUGUCAUCAGCUUGACAGAAGGAUACGUUUGACAAAACCUGUGUUUUGUGUUUCACCAUCUUGGCUAUCGUUUUUAUUAUUAUUUUUUCUUUCACAAAUCUUAAAUUUGAAUGAAUGAUGGACUGUCACUGCUUCUUAAAGAGCUUUAGCACCUACCUCCUCACCCUAUUGGAAAAGCAAAUUCCUAUCCCUCCAAAAAAAGCAGUGGAGUUUUAAGUACUUACCGGUAGAUCUCGCAGCCACUUGUUCUGGGCAUUCUACUAUUUAUUGUAAUUUUAUUGAUAAUUUUUGGUCUUUUGAAUUUCUCAACCCGGUAGUUGAUCAGUUAAAAGAAAGAAGAAAUAAACUCCGCAAAAGGCUGAAUAAUGGUCCCCAUGAAAUAUUACAAGAGUAUCUGAAAAACAGCAAAGGUAGGUUUAUUUGGCAGAUUUUCUGAAGCUCAGUAUUAUUUCACUUAAUCAGAUGUUUGUCCCCUACAUAUAAAUUAUUUUGUUUUGCAGUACUUGCACUAAAAAUGCAUCCUGGCAAAUCAAAUUAUUUCCCAAUUAAAGAUGCAUUGAGAAGUGCAUUAAACAAAAUUAAAUGCCAUUGUUUUCCCCAGUUGUAAUGGAAUAUAAUAUUGUUGUUUUAAAUGGAACUGUUCAAAAAUUUAAAUCAUCAAGCAAAUUAGUCGACGGGUGGUUGUGUUCAAAAGCCUAAUUAUUUGCCUUGAAGUGCUUGAACAUGCAUUUACAGAACUUUUUUGUGAGGUUAGUUAUAAAAUAUUAUUGAUGGCACAUGAAACAGUUAACUUGUAAUAGCAAAAGGUAGUAAGUGCUACUGAGCAACUUUUAAUGCAUCAUAUUUUUCAUCCGCACCUGUAUUCAUUUUUAGCAGUGUCAAUUUGUCUAACAGUGACUGUCCUUAGAGUGCUAUUCCCUCUGGUUUUUUAUAUCAAUUAUUUUUGCGCUUGGUUUAACUUUGUUGAAGGUCAGUCUUCACGGAAGGACAUUGUCACAGGCACCAGUAAUAAGGUAAGUACUAUAUAGCUGAUUGUGAAUGGUAAUGAGAAAGUGUUUCAUGUGUACUGGUGACAAUAUUUACAGAUAACUAAGGAAAAACCUCAGUGCUGUGUUAAGGUAGUAAAAAGUAUAAUCUACAGAGGUAACAUCAUAUUGACAAGAAAAUGUUAUUGAAAGUAUUACAGAAAUUUUGAUGUAGAUGAAAGACUAUCAUUUUGGGGUAACUAAAUUUUUGUUUUGUUUUGCGAAUGCUCAUCAAAUUGCAAAAAUUAGGUGCCACUGUAACAUAAAUAAUAAUUUUAAUAAUGUACUGAUGAAAUUUGUACUAGAUGUGGGUAGUUUUUUUAAAAAAUUGCUUUAUUCAAGCACUGUAAAUAUCAGUUACCUUAGCAGGGCUGUCACCAAGAUUACAUGUUCAUGGCUAUUAGUAGGUGGGGAAUUGAACAAAUCAAAAAUUCUUUCUUUCCUCUCUUUUUUUAAUUAAAGUAGCCAGGGUGAGCCAGGGCUUAUACCCAUAGUAGCUAUGGGAAAUCCCUGGGACCUAGCCCUGAUUGAAAACCCUGUCUUAACCCAUUCGCCCCUGAACCGCCCGUAACCGCCCGUGCGGAUCCAGGUCCUUUCUACCCUUUGUGACGUCAUCAGUUUUAACAGUCAAGGACAACUUUCUUUGCUAACUUGUGCAGAGUGAAGAGAUCUUUCAAACCAUACCAGAAUGAGCACAAUUCAGUCAAGGACACCGGAGAAAGAAGCAAAAAACCAUAUGACAUUGACCUGAAAAUCUCCAUGAAAAUCUUGUUCCAUUGCCCACCUACCUUUCCUUUCAACUAAUCCUAAGAUCCUAAAAGCUUUCCUAAAAACUCUUCCCACCAAAAUGAAGCCUACUAAAUGUCCAGCAAGAGAAAAAAAAAAUGAGGCAAGAAAAGCGAAAAAAGAAGGGAGGAGAGAAAGUGAAAAGUAAAAGUCAAGACUGCUGUGUCACUUUUAAACCCAAAAACUAUGUCGAAAUUUUGCUUUCUGCGCAUGCCCGAACUUCGCAAGCUGAUAUUUUUCAUCUGAAUCAGAAGGCCGCAAAGUGUACGACCUGUAAAUCGGUCUGUGGUAAGUUUCAGCUCUUUAUAGCACGACAGUGACCAGAAAACCACUCGACUAGCUUCAAAACGUGUUUUUCGGCAAAAUCUCCAGGAGCGAAUGGGUCAAUAAGCCAUCUUGUGUAUUUAAACAUCGUGAUGGUACAUGUAUGGCCAAGGCUUGAACUCAGAUCACCCCCAAAUCCAAAGUUGCAUACAUUAUUAAUAACCACUACUAAACCACCAUGUGUCCUUCAGUUGACAAUACUACGUAUAUUUACAGGCUAUCAUCGCAGCUGUGAGAAUGUUACAAAAACAUAAGGUACGAGGAACAUCUCAUUUUACAAUAUUUAAAAUAACUAUUGGAGGUUUUAGUUUAGCUGAUGUUUAAGCUAUUCUUUCUCUUUAAGAUGCUUCCAUUAUUCAGCCAGAAUUCUCUGACUGAAAACUUGACUUUUAGCCAAUAAUACAUCAAGAGGAAAUUAUUUGAGUGACAUAUUCAGUAUUCUUUACAAUCAUUAUACUCAAAUAUUUUUUAAGGUAAUGCUUUUCUGCUUUCAGCUUACUGACCUGUGUGACACCUACAGACUGACAGGCAUCUCAAUAGCUUCCCAGGAAGCCAAAAGGACUUGUUUUAGAUGCGAAACAUUUUUUAACUGUAAGUUGAAAUAAGAAGUUGGUGCAUAUUCUUAGCAAUUUGCUAAUAAUUCUAGUGUUCUUGCUCCAUAAUUAUCUAUACAUUGUUUCUCUGGACACUUCGAAUGUCCUGUUUUUUUUUUCUCAGAUAUAAAAAAACCUCAAGCUUGACCUAGAGGCCACCUCUUUAUCAAACAGCCUCUUUUUGUCCUGAUAAACAGAUCAUAAUAUUCAUACAUUCAUUCUUUUUUCAAGUUCCCCUUAGUGACCACUUUUUUACAAAUAUUACCAUUUACCUCCAACCCCCUUAGUUGUUAUUUUUACAUUUGUAUUUUGGUUUUCUUGUUGUACAAGUCAGAAGAUCACCAAUUUUGAUCGCUUGAAAUUCAAGUUGUAAGUAAUUCUUUUUUUUUCAACCGAUAGCAAGAUAUCGUGAACCAUAUUAUAUUGAAGUAGAGUUAAAGGACAAUAGUUUAAAGGUGAGUUGUCAAUAACACAGCACUGUAUGUCUUGUGAUAAUAUUCUGGCAGAAUCGUGAGGGUUUGAAAAUUGAGUGGAUUCUGCCUGUACAUAUAUUUAGGCCUUCAAUCGGGGGAUAAGCAAAAUAUUAAACACAAAUCGUUUGUCUUGAAAUCUCAACUAGUAAGGGCCAAUAAGAUAAUAUUAAUAUUUCUUGUUAUUACUCAAAUACCUAGCCAGUGUGGUAGGUGUCAAAAGGGGUGGUUGAGGAAAAGGAAAAGGGAUGUCUGCUAUAUGAGACACGUAUUGUUUAUUUUCUGCAGUUGCUAGUGGUUGCAAAUUUCUGAUUGGCUGAGCUGUAAAAUUAUUAGUAACCUACUGAUGUGCAUUAAAUAAGAAACAAUACAUGACAAUGACAGGUAAUGAAACAGGGUUGUCACCAAGGGCCAGGGGCAGGGGAUUUCCCCCCGGUUACUUUCAUGGGAAGCAUGAAGGAAAAUAGAACCAAAAGUAAUUCCUGCAUGUGUCACAGCUGUUCAAUUACCCACCUACUAUUAUUGAAUGAACAUGAAAACCUGAAAUCUUAGUGACAGCCCCGAUGAAAAAAAAAAAAAAACAUGUUGUAUUGGAGCAUCUAACUAGCAAUUAGUGAGUAUUAUUUGAUCUGGGAUACUUACAGAGCUUCUUCUAUGUUUAAAAAAUCCUUUUUUACAUCCCUUUUUUAGAUCUGCAAGCAUACUGUACCCUAUUUUAUCCCAGUUGACUCGAUAUGUCAACAGUACUUGAACAGUGAUAUUAAGGUAUUUUGUACUUGGUUGAAUUAUGUUUUUUCCCUCAAAUACCUAAAGUAUCAGGAAUGUGACAAACCAUUGGUGAUUGUCCAAGUUAGGUUUGUACAGAAAGAGAUAAGUACCUUCAGUUUGUGGUUCUUCAUGACGGUCAUUACUACGAAAUAAAAAGUUCCUGACAUGAGAAUAAAACUCUAAAAUCCUCCCAUUUUUUGGUCAUAUGACUUAAGUCAUGCUUUUUUUAUUCAAAUGCCUCUUGAGUAGGUUAAAGGUAGGUGAAUUGUGCGUGACAAAGUGCUGUCCCAUACUCAGGGGCAAGUGGAGAAACCCAUCCAGCUGGUGUGUGUUAAAAAUGAGUUUUCCGACUGGCAAGCCAAAUGCCUAGAUAAAGUAAAUACAUGUGAAAAGGGGAAUGCUAAGCCUGUACGACUGCUCUGGGCUACCCUGAUAAAAUUUGGUGUUGGGCAGACAAGUAGUUGAUUAAAGAAGCAGCUAGAAGUAGGAGAGGCUGUUGCUCAGGAAGUUGAACUACUUAAACAUCUGAGUCCGAGAAAAAUAUUCUGGAGUUUGCUCCAAUCAAGCAGUCUGGAUUUUGGGGGUUCUCCCUAUUUGGAAGUCCUAAAUGUUUUACAAAGUUGCCCUAAAAGAUGUACUGGAGUAUUUUUACACAGUUUUAUUUAAUAGUAUAGUACUUGAAAGUGAUGUCAUCCCAAAGAAACUCAAAUUUUCUAAUCACUUUAUGUUUAAUCAAUUGUUCUGACUUGAUGAAUAUUGAUUUUUUCCUUUCAGAAAUUUUUCAUGGUCAUCUCAGAGCAUUUGAAUGCAUUUGUAGCAAGACGAGAACAGGUAACUUGAGAGAUUAUUCUGUGUCUUUGUUUAUAUCUAUUCAAAGGGAACAAACAGCAAAUUGUUGUUGCUCAAAAUGUCUAUAAGGUGUAACUGUUCUUCAGUAGAAUGUCCAAAAUGUGUGCAACUCCACAAUUGACCACUGCAGAAAUACCAUAACAUACCAUAAUGCUCUUUGUAACAGUUUGUCACUCCAAAAUUUUGCAUAAGCAUUGUCUUCAGUUUCUCUUGGGAGUUAAAAUGGCCCCAAGAGAAACUGAAAACAAUGCUUCUGCAAAAUUUGGGGUGAAAAACAAAGAGCACUAUGGUAUGCUAUGGUAUUUUCUGGAGUGGUCAAUAACUGACCAAUAACAGAAAUUAUUAUUAUUGGUCUUGGCUCCAUUAAAUCUUUUACCAAUAACAGAAAAUUUUAGAAGGAGCCACCCACAAUGUGAGCACAGUUAUAUGAGUAGGAAAACAGUCUAAACAAAAUGUACAUGUAAUGCGUUUAAUGACAUUUUUGAUCAUGCAAAGAACUUCCAUAGUUAAACUUAAUUGAUCUCUUUAGCUAAUAAUCAUUUGUGCACACACUAGAAUCCCUAAAAUGGCUGGAAAUCGAGUCUAAUACUACUGUCUUUGUUUGAUUGAAGUUUUGCAUUAUCUUUCACUUGAGCACCUCAUCUUUAAGUAAAUUCUUCUCACAGGUUCAUCUUUGCCAGGAGCUUCACAGAGAAAAAUUAGAAGGAGAAAUAUCAUGCAGCCCUGCCCAUGAUUUUGUUCAAUUUAAACCCAAGGUAGGGUAA